UCAUAAUUGUGUCGCAUGUCCCGUCAGAGGAAUGGCCAUAGCAGGAAGAACGAGAAUUACUGGGAUGCGGAGUUGGGGGAUGACCCCAUUAUCGUGACUCACGUGCAGAGGCGGAGACUCCAUAUCAAUUACUACUGGACAACUGUCUCGUGUUCAUACCGUCCAACAAGUCCUGAUUGGGUGGAGAUCCUGGAGCCACGCUCUCGAGAGCACAUGUACCUGAACCUGGCCACCAGCGAAUGCGGCUGGAACCCUCCUUUGGGCACCGCCAUUCGUCAGGCCGAUGGUAACCAGUGGUGGGAGCUGUUUGACCCCCAGAGUGGCCGAUUCUACUACUACAAUUCCGUGGAACGGCGGACUAUCUGGCACCGACCCCAGGGGGGUGACAUAGUGCCCCUGUCUCAGCUACAGGCUAUGAAGCACUGUUCUGAGGCCAAGCGGGCCGGGGAGAGCAGAGAGAGGCACCAUGGGGCGGGGAGUACAGGCAGCCAGGGACGCCGCAUCCCUGUUCCAGAGCACCAUGGGGCAGGGAGCCUGGGGAGUACAGGCAGCCAGGGAUUCCGCACCCCUUUUCCAGAGCACCAUGGGGCAGGGAGCCUGAGGAGUACAGGCAGCCAGGGACGCCGCAUCCCUGUUCCAGAGCACCAUGGGGCAGGGAGCCUGGGGAGUACAGGCACCCAGGGACGCCGCAUCCUUCUUACAGAGCACCAUGGGGCAGGGAGUACAGGCAGCCAGGGAUUCCGCACCCCUUUUCCAGAGCACCAUGGGGCAGGGAGCCUGGGGAGUACAGGCAGCCAGGGAUGCCGCACCCCUCUUACAGAGCACCAUGGGGCAGGGAGCCUGGGGAGUACAGGCAGCCAGGGAUUCCGCACCCCUCUUACAGAGCACCAUGGGGCAGGGAGCCUGGGGAGUACAGGCAGCCAGGGAUUCCGCACCCCUCUUACAGAGCACCAUGGGGCAGGGAGCCUGGGGAGUACAGGCAGCCAGGGAUUCCGCACCCCUCUUACAGAGCACCAUGGGGCAGGGAGCCUGGGGAGUACAGGCAGCCAGGGACGUCGCACCCCUCUUAGAGAGCACCAUGGGGCAGGGAGCCUGGGGAGUACAGGCAGCCAGGGACGUCGCACCCCUCUUAGAGAGCACCAUGGGGCAGGGAGCCUGGGGAGUACAGGCAGCCAGGGACGUCGCACCCCUCUUAUAGAGCACCAUGGGGCAGGGAGCCUGGGGAGUACAGGCAGCCAGGGACGUCGCAUCCCUCUUACAGAGCACCAUGGGGCAGGGAGCCUGGGGCGCCGCACUUCUCUCCCAGAGCAGGAGAACUCCGCCUCCAAAACCCCUGAGACCCACAGCGAGAGUGAGACCACGGACAUAGGACCAGCUCAGGGAGGCAGCAGCUCGGAUGGAACCAAGGAGUCACUGAAGGAGCUCUCUCAGAGAUGGCAGCCUUCCCCAGUGUCUAAGGCAGCCAUAUUGGUAAAUGUGAACAGUGUCAGUCGGAUCCAACCUGGAGGCCCAUCUAGCCCGGCCCUGCAACUCCGUCACCAUAACACACACACCAAGCCCAGUGGCCACCAGACCUUCACCCUCAUCCCUGUCAGCAGCAAGCCCCCGUGGGCACACGCCUGCUUUGCCCAGGGCUACAAGACCGCUCCCUCUGGCAAGAUGGCCGCCGAUGCCCACCACCUAAGGAAGACGGGCAACGGAAGCUUCUAUCUUGUGUCCUCUGACCCUCCCCAAACCCCAGGCAAUCUCAGGUCCCAGCUCAGCACCCCCAGGUCAGUGUCACCCCAGUAUGCCGCCACACUUCCCCUCUACGGUGACGCGGGAUCACAGUGUCCCAUCUAUGAUGAGCCUCCUGCGGACAUGGAGGUGGAGGGGGCUAACCUCCAUAAUGGGCCUGGUGGUCUGUCCCGCCUCACCCCCACACACAGCCUGCAGAAGCUCAGGCUCCUCCAGCAAUCUGGCUCCUCUCACUCAAUCUCUAGGCACAAGAGGAACCCCUCUGACUACAGUCCUGCUGGCCUGGAGGGCAUCAGGCACAUGGUCAAUGUGGACCCGAAACAGGCCCUUCUGUCCACCUCCCCUGGCCUCAACCGCACCCCCACCCCACAACCGGACCCCCUCUUGGCCCAGCCCCAGAGCGAGUCAGGGACCCCAGUGAUGCCGGGUAUCCUGGAGAAGAAGCAGACAUGGCGGGCCCUGGAGGCCAGUGUGUUGAAGGCAAUGGAGGCUCGCCACAACAGGCAGAGCAGCCAGGACUUCCCCACACCUCCAGGGCCCCGGACCACCACCACCUACCAGGACUCUGGCUACUCCACUGGGCCCUCACCCAGCCUGAGGAGGAAGAGCCGGCGGAGGUUGGGGGCCGGAGGGAGACCAGGCUCAGUGGGCAGCAGCGGGGACCUGUGUGCCCUCAACGAGAGGCUGAUGGUGGAGAUGAGGGAGGUGGUGAGCCGCUCCAACACCAUGAGGGAGAUGAAGGCUGGAGGCCUGGCGGCGCGAGAAGACGUCCCCUCCGCCAGCCGUUUGCUGAGCAGGGUAGGUAAUCAUAGCAUACCGGCCCUGGCGCCACUGGAGAUGCCAGGAAGGCAGAAGAGGACCUAUGAGAAGGUAGACAGCCUGGAGAAGAGCAUCACAAGCCAAGCCAGCCUCUCCUCACCAGACACCCCCGGACCUCCCUCACAGAGAAUUAAUGUGCCUAUCCUGCAACAAUUCCCCUUGGAGCCCUCAAAACUGCAGAGCAGAGGAAAGGCAGCUCAUCCACACCGAGGAGACUGCAGCUGUGGACAUACAGCGGGGACCCUGGAACUGAAGUCUCAGUUGGACAGCAGGAAGAAAGGUACGGUAGAUGGACCAACAGGCUCACUGGGCCCCUACCACCAACGCUCCGUCUCCCAUGACAACAGAGAGGGAGGAGGAAUAGGAGGCUCCUACCACCAGCUCUCUUACGCCACACUGCGCCAGCCCCCGCCCCCAGACACCUCAGGCAUGGCGGACUGGGCCAGCAAGCACCUGAACAUGCACACCCAGGGCCUGUUCCGCCGCCGUGUCUCCAUCGCCAACAUGCUCUCCUGGAACCGCGGCUCCAUCAAGAAGCCCAUGCUGGUGACCAGCGACCGCGCCGUGAGGAAGGAGGCCUGUGAGAUGUUCAAGCUGGUCCAGGCCUACAUGGGAGACAGACCCUCCCGCCUAGACCGCCGCCACACUGCCCUGCUCAUCAUCACUAAGUGCUGGGGCACGCAGGGCCUGAGGGACGAGCUGUAUGUGCAGCUGGUGAGGCAGACCACGGGCAACACCAGCCCAAGGAGCCUGGCUGCAGGCUGGGAGCUGAUGGCCGUCAGCCUGGCCUUCUUUGCCCCCUCGCCUAAGUUCCGCUGCUACCUGGAGGGAUACAUCCAGAGGCACUCGGAUCCGAGCAGCGACAAGAAACAGGUGACUCAGUUCAUACUAGAGCAGCAAGAAAUGAAACUGAAGAAGAACUCAAAGUCCAGAAAGAAACGGAAACAGAACACAGAUGAAGAAGGUCUACCUAUCAGCUCGUACGCAAAGUUCUGCUAUCGCAAACUACAGAAAGUGGCCAUAACUGGAGGCAAAAAGGGUCUUCGUAAACCCACUCUGGAGGAGAUUGACCACAGCAGACGGGCCAUCGUGACCCCCUCCCUGUUCGGCAGCUCCCUGGACGAGGUGAUGGAGCGCCAGAGUGAACUCUUCCCAGACAGGAAGCUACCCUGGGUACAGGUGCAGCUCUCCCAAUACGUCCUAGCACUGGGAGGGGCCCAGACCGAGGGCAUCUUCAGGGUGCCAGGAGAUAUCGAUGAAGUCAACGCACUUAAGCUUCAGGUCGACCAAUGGAGGAUCCCAGAAAACCUCUCAGACCCCAACGUACCUGCCUCCCUUAUGAAGCUUUGGUAUCGUGAGUUGGAGGAGCCUCUCAUCCCCAUGGCGUUCUACAAGCAGUGUGUCAGUAACUAUGAUGACCCUGUGGCAGCUGUCAAUGUUGUCCAGUGCCUGCCUGAGCUCAACAGACUGGUGCUGUGCUACUUCAUCCACUUCCUGCAGGUGUUUGCUCAGCCUGCCAAUGUGUAUGUUACUAAGAUGGAUGUCAAUAACCUUGCCAUGGUGAUGGCCCCAAACUGCCUCCGCUGCCAGUCUGAUGAUCCACUAAUCAUCUUUGAGAACACACGCAAGGAGAUGUCCUUCCUGCGCAUGCUCAUCGUUCACCUGGACACCACUUUCAUUGAGGGUGUUGUAUAGACUGACUCCUGCCUUCCCUGACAUCAUAUGCCCCAUGGUUACAGAGAGAUUCACUCUGCUUUUCUGUAUGAAGCCUGCCACGCUCCAUUGACUGGUCUGAAAGCACAAAGCAGCAACACAUGCACAUGCACUGGAAAAUCAUACUAUAUGUUAGGAAUUUGUUGUGCUUAAGAUCCUGGAGUGCAUCUUUAAUACUGUCACUUGACAUUGGACCCACCCUCUGUUCUACUUUCUGGCUGCAGAACAAUACAUACUGUAUGUGCUGACUGCAGAGGAGACAUUGUGUUCUGUGAUGGAAACCCCACAAUGAUGACACUCAAAAAGACUACAAAUGACUUCACAUCAUAGGUACCGGUUUUUAUCCAGUUCGUUUUGAUGACUUUUUGAACUGCAUGUAAAAUCUAAAUGUCAUUAUGACUGAAUGUGAAGUGCUAUUGUUUCACUGGAUAUGUGGGCUGUGCAGAAGGAGUUUCAUAUGGUUUGUAUAGGAUGGACUUUGUCGUCAGGAAACAGGGCAACUGACAAACAGACCCGGGGUCCCUGCCUUAUUUAUAUCUACAUAGAAGUCAUGUUGAUAUUUGGCCUCUUUUGUCAGACUGUGUGUGUCUUUGCAUGCGUGUGUGUGUGAUGAGGGGGAAAAUAUAUUUAUAAUGUCUCAUUGGAAAUUAGCUUGUCUGUGAUGUUUUAGUAGUUGUAUUAACAAGAGCCUGCAUUAGUCUCAAUGCUAUGUUGAUGAUUUUAUCUGAAGCGGCAGAGUACCACCACAGCUAUUUUAAUAUACUGUACAGCCAGAGCCUACGUGUCAAAGUACAAACUCUAAGAAAUAAGACCAUGUGUUUUGGAGCUUAUGUAAAAUGCCCUUUUUUAGUGAUCUGUGGAGAGAAUGUUCUGCAUUAAAAACCUUCUGGUGUUAAACUUCUGAGGAAGGAGGUUGUAAAUGUAUACUGUCUGGUACAUGUAUGUGUUGUACUGUACUGUGUGUAUGGGAGAUCUAUUCAAGGCGAUAAACCAAUAUCUCAUUGAAAAGAGGCAUAAACAAAUGUAUAAUGUACUACUGUCACAUUUUCUUUGUGGUCUGUAGAUAUCUUGGCUCAGGUGUUCUGUUAAAACAGUUUUAGUGAUAACUGCUAUCUGCUUCCCAGUCUACCUGAAAGUCAGAUUUGUACAUGCUCCAAAACUAUGGAUGGGGCACUCUGGUGAUGUAGAUAAGACUGUCCCUGGAGGCUUUGCUAAUGUAAAUAAUGCUUGUAAAUAGUAAGAUCUAUGGGUGUAUUUUUAUUUUAUUUUAAAUGAUCCAGGGUAAAGGUGGAUAUUCCUGUUGCGAUAGAGAAAAAAAACAGGUGUUUUAAUUUUAUUUUUAAUUACUGUUCAUUUCCUUGCUGUAAACUUGCCUUUGAAAAUAGUACUGAUUCAACCACUCGUGUGUGCGUUUAUUAUGUGAACAUAGCCUCUGUUAUUCUAUGGAAGGAUUGUUCAUGAAAAAUAAAGGUUUGUUUCUUUGUAGAA